GACACCUACUACCCCAUCAAAAGAGGGAAGUACCAGCAGUACUGAGCGCCAGCAUAAAGGAAAGAAGAUGUUUGAGGAAGACGCUAUGCAUGAGGAACCCAGCUCACCCGAAUCCCCGGUGGACAGUCUCGGAAAUAGCGAGGAGGAACAGGACAGGCAGCAGAAAAGAGGCGCACGAAAGAGACGAGUGAGUCGGAGAAGCGCGGAGGACUCGGACAGUCCCACACCAGGCUCUGGUAAAAAAGCCAAGAAGUGCGCAGGUAGCCCGCAGUCAUUCGAGGAUCUGCAGACGCAGCGAGUGAUGGCCAACGUGCGUGAGCGCCAGAGAACUCAAUCCCUGAACGAGGCUUUCGCCUCCCUGCGCAAGAUCAUCCCCACCCUGCCCUCAGACAAACUGAGUAAAAUACAGACUCUCAAACUCGCUGCCCGGUACAUUGACUUUCUUUACCAGGUUCUGCAAAGUGACGAGCUGGACUCCAAAAUGGCGAGCUGCAGUUAUGUGGCGCACGAACGGCUGAGCUAUGCGUUCUCCGUGUGGAGGAUGGAGGGAGCCUGGUCCACUAACAUCUCACUUACGCACAGCGCCUGCACCAGCAUUAAUGGAGAGCCGUGACUUCAAAGCUCAGAAAGACUGCAAGAGAGCCUGCACACAGGACCAAAAUUAACUCAGACUGUACAGACAUGGAUUACAGCCAAAAAGGAAAGGUUUUGGAGACAAUCUUACUGGGAAGGACUGUGGCGUCGUCACGAGCACUUAAAUACAGUCCGAGACACCAGCAGACAAGGGAUUGCAUUCAGAUCCGUGCUUUUAAUUGCGGUUUCUUGAUUAAUGACGAUGAAUGUGGAAACUUUGUACUUCUGUAGGCUAUGUGCAUGCAUUUCGACAAGCCUUGCCAUCUCAUUCCAAGCCAGAAUGACUGCAACAGCAGAAGCAAACACUUUAGUUCUGGCCAAAACUGUGGAUACAGCAACAAAGUGAAGGUCCUCAUACAGUAUUUAUUUCGUCAAUGGACGAAACUUGGCUCAUAUUUGUAUAAAACAUUUUUUGACUGGUUAAUAAAGGUUUAUUUAUUUAUUGACACUUAAU